ACUCCCGGCCCUGGCGGGAGGCGUCUAGCAGCUAUAUGUUAAGGCAAGGACGGGUGGUUGCUCAGUCUCUCGUCUCUCCCGAGCAGGCUGCCGCGCGGUGUCCCUGCCUCGAAGCCGAGGACGAUGUCGAGCGGUAACGGGGAAGGAAGUUUCAAGCGGCCCCGGUCCGCCAGCCCGGGCGACGGCUUCCACACGCCGGAGAAGCGCGUCUCCGUCUGCGCCGCCUCGGAUCCCCGCGGGAUUCACCCGCGGGACUGGGACAUCGAGCAGGUGUGCGGUUUCCUGCGAAGCGAGGGCUUCAAAGACCCGGAGCUGCUGCGCUGCUUCCGAGAAAAAAAUAUUGCUGGUUCAUCUUUCCUUUACCUCACUGAAUCAGAACUUGAAGAAAUGAGAAUUAGGCCUGGAGUGAGACAGAACCUUCUGAAUUGUCUGAGCAAACUGGGACAAAGACAUGUUGACAUAAUGAAGGUAUUUAAUGACCCGAUUCAUGGUCACAUUGAAAUGCAUCCUCUUCUUGUUCGGAUCAUUGACACACCUCAAUUUCAGCGUCUAAGAUACAUCAAACAAUUGGGUGGCACUUACUAUGUUUUCCCAGGAGCAUCGCACAACCGUUUUGAGCAUUCCCUUGGGGUCGGCUAUCUAGCAGGCCGUUUGAUCCGGGCACUGCAGAAGCGACAACCAGAGUUGGACAUCAAUCAAAGGGAUAUUUUGUGCGUCCAGAUCGCUGGUCUUUGUCAUGAUUUGGGUCAUGGACCAUUUUCACACAUGUAUGAUGCAAGAUUCAUCCCUCGUGUUUGUUCAGGAACUUCAUGGAAGCAUGAAGAUGCUUCUGUUAAGAUGUUUGAACAUUUGAUUGCUUCCAAUGAUCUAAACCCAGUCCUGGAGUAUUAUGGUCUCAAGCUGGAUGAAGAUAUAGACUUUAUCAAAGAGCAGAUAGCAGGACCCAUUAAGACUGAAAGUAACAGUAGUUCAUGGCCUUACCGUGGGCGACCUGAAGAAAAAGGCUUUCUUUAUGAGAUAGUGGCCAACAAAACAAGUGGCAUCGAUGUUGAUAAAUGGGAUUAUUUUGCCAGGGAUUGUCACCAUCUUGGAAUCCAGAACAACUUUGAUUACGUACGCUUCAUUAAAUUUGCUCGUGUCUGUGAAUUUGAGAAAAAGAAGCAUAUUUGUACCCGUGACAAGGAGGUUGGAAAUUUGUAUGACAUGUUCCACACACGGAAUUGUCUGCACCGAAGAGCCUACCAACAUAAAAUUAGCAACAUCAUUGAAACUAUGAUUACAGAUGCCUUUUUGAAAGCUAACCCAUUUAUCCGCAUAAAGGGCUCUGGAGGGAAAAUGUACAAUAUCGCUACAGCACGAGAAGACAUGGAAGCCUACACUAAGCUAACAGAUGAGAUUUUCUUAAGGAUUCUUCAUUCUGAUGAGCCAGAGCUGAAAGAAGCACGGGAAAUUUUAUGUAAAAUAGAGCGGCGUGACCUGUAUAAGUACCUGGGACAGACUCAGCCCCCAGAGGGCACAGAAAUUUCGAAGGAACGGUGUAGUAAGAUGGCCGAAGAAAUUGCCAAGUCCAAGCCCAUUACAUUACAUAAAAAGGCUGGAUUAAAGCCUGAAGACUUCAUUGUUGAUGUUAUCAACAUGGAUUAUGGAAUGAAAAAGAAGAACCCUGUCAAUAACGUUCCUUUCUAUUGCAAGUCUGACCUCAAUAAGGCGUUCAGAAUUUCUAAAGAACAAGUUUCAAAGCUUCUACCGGAAAAAUUUCAAGAGCAGCAAAUCAGGGUUUAUUGUAAGGCAGCAGCUGAAGAAACUAUCAGUGAUGCUAGAAAAUAUUUUGUUCAGUGGUGUAUAGACAACAAUUUCACUAAACCACAGGAUGGUGAUAUUGUUGCCCCUGAACUUACACCAAUGAAACCAGACUGGAAUGUAGUCAAAGAUGAUGAAAAGCAUGAUUCAAUGAAAAACAGUUCUCCAAAGCCCAGAAAGUCACUUUUUAAAGACUAGGAAAACUUUAAUUUCUGUUGAUUGAUUCCGGUUUGUACAACAAAGUUGUGUUACAAAAACAUGGAAAUGUGGAAAGAAAAGCAGUAGUGGAAAAAUGUCAGUCUUAGCUCAGACAAGUUAAAAUUCCAUUUGUUGUAGAUUUCACAUGGACAUUUUGAUGACUGGCAAUGUCCUUAUUUUGUUAAUUUAAAUGUGUGCAGGUAAAGAAAGGUCUACUUUCAAAAGCAGGUUGCAUCCAAUGUUAGUCCUACUCAGAAUAGAACAAAAUUAAUGGGCAUGGCUAGUAUAGCUCCAUUAAUUUCAGUGUGUUUUCUCUGAAUACAACUUAGUUGGAUAAAGCUCAAAAACCGCCUUUCUAUUUCAAAACUUAUUUCAUUUUCUUAAGAUAAGCACAAUAGUAUAAUUUCUCUUCUAUGAUAAAUGUUAUAUACGAAACCUAUUGUGGGAAAAGGGGACAAGCCUAUGCCAUUUGCCUUCUUCUGUUUAUGAUAAAAGUGGUUAUCCUACUGUUUUUUUAGCUACCAUUCCCUCAAAUCAUGAUACGUAGUCAGAAUAUGUUCAUUUAGAGCUAAACAUGCCUUGGCACAAUCAAGGAUAUACUAUUUUAUAAAGUUACUUUUUUUAACUUCAAUGCUUACCUUUUUAAUAAUCCAACAAAAUACUCACAGUAGCAAAACAACCAACUAUUGAAUAUAUUCUAGCCAUUGAGCACUAGAUAGAAAAGAAAUGAGCUGGUUUCUAUAGAGAGGCAAACAGCUGUUAAGAAUCAGAAGCAAAUUUAAGACUAGGGAGUUUUGCUUGUUAUAUUUCAAACCGACUUGAAUGUAUUUUUAAUCUCUCAUAUUUUCACAGAUAUGUUGUCUUUGUAUGGAAAAGUAUAUAUUGUUCCUUAAUAUAUAUAUUUUUGGAAACACAGUUCUAUGAUGUGGCAUAUUAUGCUGACAGAAAAUGGGUUUGUGUGUGAGAAGUGUGCUGUUGAAUGUGAGAACAGAGAGUUUCUGAAACUUCACUUAACAAAGCUAAGGCUCAGAAGAAAUGUAUACACCAUUUAAGAACUAUGGAUUGGGACAGAGAGAUGUCCUUCUGCAAAGAGAAUGGCUCCUCAUCGCAGAAGCGACUACAGCAAAGGUACCUACUGUAGGAAGCUGGAAAGCCACUUUCACCAUCAACACCCUGGUGUUUCUUUCUGUACUGAGCAGAUUUACAGGGCUAAUGCAGGGGGGAGUUGAAACCCGCUCUCUUCACCAGCAGGAUAGUUCUGCUCAAAGGAAUGUUGGAUCCAUGCCACUGUUUAAAACAGGCAUCCCCAAACUUCGGCCCUCCAGAUGUUUUGGACUACAAUUCCCAUCAUCCCUGACCACUGAUCCUGUUAGCUAGGG